AUGUCGAGCGCGGGGGGCUCCGAGGAUGUCGGCCGGGACCUCUGCCUCAGGCUCACAUCUCGCAGAGUUCCCGAGAACGCCGCGCAGAAGGACAGGACUGGCCUGCCCUUCGGCGUCACCGUGCAGCCCUUCAAGCCGCUGCCGCACUUCCCAGUGGACGCGUCGGCACUUCUAGAUCCCGCGGACGAGGUGGCGCGAUGCGGCGACUGCUUCGGGUACGUCAACGGGUUCUGCGGGCUGGAGCGCGACGGUUGGGUGUGCAUCCUGUGCGGAAACUUCUCCUACUGGAGCUCCGAUCCCGUGGGCGAUGGCGGCAAGCCGCGGUACAAGAGGAACGCGCGCAGGAACGAGCUACCCGAGAUCGCGCUCCCCGAGUACGAGAUCGAGGUGGCGAGGGAGGUGCUGACGGUAAACCCGCGCGAACCGCUGGGGACUGCGCCCGUGUACGUCGCGCUCAUCGAUACCACCGCACCCGAGGAGACCCUCGAGCUCGUGCGGAGCGCGGUUCUCGCGGCCAUUGAGGCGGUGGGCCCCGACGCCCUCUUCGGCAUCGUCACCUUCGCCGAUCGGAUCGGCCUGUACGACGUUCAAGCCGCGGCGCCUUCCGUGCGGCGGGUGGGGCUCGGCAAAGACGGGGGGCUCGCCAUGCCGCUGGAGGAAGCGCUUCCGCUCAGAAGGCUGCUGGCGCCGGUGGGUGCGUUCAAGGAGGAGCUCGCGGCGGCGGUCGAGACCAUCGCGCCGGCGAAGUCGCGAUUCGGAUCUGCGGGGUUUUCGCAUCCGGGGGUUGACGACGGGACGAUCGACGGGGGCGACGGGCCGGUCGGUAGGAGGGCGUUCGGACCCGCGCUGGAGGCGACACUCGCGUGGCUGGGCGCGGACGCGGUGGAGACGAGGGGCGAGGGACGGGGAGCCGGCGACGGGGUGGGCGGGGGCGAUCUCCGGCACCCCUCGUGCCGCGUCCUCUCGUUCCUUGCGGGCUUACCCAACCUCGGCGACGGGGCUCUGGACGACGAGAUAUACCGCGAGUGCGCCGCCGAUCUCGACUCCCCGGACCACGAGGAGGCUGCCAAAGCGGCGGACGCCCUCGGUCAACCGCGGGUCGACUUCUACGCGGACGCGGGCGCGAGAGCCGCCCUCGCCGCCGUUGUCGUGGACGUCUUCUCGCUCGGCGGCGGGGACGGCGCCGCCGCGUUCGCGGAUCUCGCGUCGGUCGCGCCGCUGACGGAGCAGAGCGGCGGCGCGCUCUACCACUACGACACGGUCGGUAAGGGCGGUGCGAGCGACGCGCCGCUCCCUCGCGACGUCUUUCGCCUGCUCCGCGCGGAGUCCCAGGCGCACCACUGCACGCUGCGGCUGAGGACCAGCGCCGAGUUUGAGGUUGCCGCGGCGUACGGCGCCGCGGUCCCCGACGACGUGUACCCCGGCCUGUACCACGUCGUGAGGUGCGGGCCGGGCGAUUGCUUCGCGUUCGACUUUCGUCACAAGUCCGCGGCCGGGUUCGGCAGGCGCGGGGACUGCCCGCCAACCGCGCAGCUCGCGUUUGAGUACACCGCGCUGACGCCGCUGCCGCCGGAUCCCGCGACGCAGGCGGCGAGGUACCUGAGGCAGCGUCGAAGGAGGGUGUGCACCGCGCAGGCGAGGGUGGCGUCGUCCCCCAAGGACGUGUUCGCCACUGUCGACGCGGAGUGCGUCGUCAGCCUGCUCGCGCACAAGAUCCUGGCCACCGCGGAGGAGAAAGGCCUUGCCGAGGCGAGGCUGCUCCUCUCCGACUGGCUCGUCAUCCUCACCAGCAGGUUCAACCACGAGACCGGCGUCGCGAGGUUCGAUCCCAAGGACGCGGCCGCGGUGGACGGCGCGUUCACGUCGUGCGUCCCGCUGCAGCAGAUGCCUCGGAUGGUCUUCGCGCUCCUUCGCUCGACGAUGCUCCGACCCCGCGGCGUCCAGCCCGACGAACGAACCCGCGCGAGAGCCCUCGCCAGGCGACUCGACCCGCCGUCGCUCUCGCGCCUGCUCUACCCGCGACUGAGCAGCUACGCCGACGUGGACACCCAGGCGUUCCCGCGACACUCCCUGACGCGCACGGCGGUGACCACGUCCAACGGCGCCGUGUUCCUCGUGGACGCCUUCGACGUCGUCGUGGUCUUCUACGCGCCCGCGCAGCCCGGGAGCGAGCGAGCGUCGCUGCCGUACCCGCCGCCGCAGGGCAGCGCGGUGCGCGCGGCGGUGAACGCGCUGCGAGAGGAGCGGGAGGUGACGCCCCGGGUGGUGUACAUACGCGGCGGUGCGGAGGAUCCGUCCGCGUUCCACGACCUUCUCAUCGAGGAGCUGGACGUGGACGGCCUCGAGGGGGGCGCGAGCGGCUUUGUCGGGUUUCUUCACACCGUGGAGAGCCAGGCUCGGCGGUUCAUGCGAGAGGCGUGA